AUGUUCGACCAAAACCUCGUAAAAAUAAAAUUAGAAGAAAACACAGGUGUAUCUACAGCAGCAGAAUUAAAAAAUCAGGAAUAUUUGGAAGUGGCAGUUAAAUCUGAAGACACUGUUGACAUCAAGAAGGAAAUCGAGGAGCACAGCGAGUUGGGAGUCAAUACUGAGGCGUAUUCAGACAUCGAAGAACAAUAUCCAGAGCAUUUGAAAAUGAAAUUCGAAAUUGACCAGGAUUACACGGAUAUGCUCAAUGUUAGUCACUAUUAUUCUUGUCGGAAGCCACUCUUCCCCUGGGCCUCUUGCUCCUGCACUGUGGCUGUUUGA